AUGAGCGCAAACAACAAGAUCAAGAACAGAGCCACCAACGGCUAUGUGCCCUCCUACCAGGCCCCGCCCGACCCGCCAGCGCCGCCGCCUGCAACCACGGUGGAGAACAAAAUCGAGGUGCCCGAUACUGUCCAAAUCACGACCAUGACGGAUCUGGUGGAGAGAAUCCAAGAGAAUGCUUCGGUUCUCUACCCGGCAUCGCCGCGCCUGAGAGUGACGACUGCUCUGGCUCCAUCCGGCCUCCUAUGCCAUGCGGUUGUGCUUGGUCCAAAGAAUGAAGAGUCCAAGACGAGUCGCUACAAGGUCUUGUUGAAGGGUCCGGGAGUGCCCGGCAUCAAGUCCGACCCUGGUAGGGGUAGGCGAGAAGCCUUGGUUGGGCUGCUGGAAGAGCUGGAGAGGAAGAUUGGGAAGGAGAUGCUCAGCACUUGA